AUGCUGGUCCAGGCUCCAGUUUCGCUGGAUUAUACCAUGUAUGAUCUAUAUGCUGUCGACAAUGAUGGCAACACUCGUCCGGAUCUGUUUUAUUAUCCAUUCGGAUUUAAAGUUGACGAAAGCUUACCUGUCAAAUUUGUCUACAACUUCGGGUUAGAGACGGAGAUGAAGUCGACAGUUGAUCCCAAUGCUCUUAUGGAAAUGAUGGUGCGGGGCCUAGCCCAACGGUAUGGCUUCUUCGCUGGCAAGCUUCACAUAUUUUUACCUAUUUCAACAUUUGGAGACAAGAAAGAGAGCCCAAACCGGGUGGAACUCGAGAGAACUUUCUCACAGAUACACCACGACCAAAUUCCCGACUUAGGCUUCGUUACUAGCCCUGCCGACAUCGUCUUGAGCCCCGAACCUGGAAUCGCAGUAGUUGUACCCACAGACAGCAUAUUGACAAUUCCUCAUGCAGUAGAUCCUGAUACUCACUAUGAGCUCUUAUCAAAGCGAGGACUAGCUUUUUCAGGGCUCCUAACGCCUCCUACAGUUGUCGUUGAUGCAGAAAUUGCUCCGGACGAGGUUCAGGAUCCUCAACAGCUUCAGCAAGCGAUGCAGCGAAUGCUAGAGCCCCUCGAAACAUAUCAGAUCCCUUUUUUUGUCAAGCUUAAUCAAUCUGUUUCAGGGAAAGGCGUCUUUGCCGUCACAUCAGAGGCUCAUCGAGAACAAGUCAAGAAGAUUCUUGGCGUGCAGCUUCAGGAAAUGCUUCGCCAGAUCAACGAUAUAAACAGCCACCUACAUCCCAGCUCUUUUAUCUUACAAGACUACAUUCCUGGCAAAGUAGUGGCCCUAUCAAUGUUUGUCACACAAAAAGGCCGCGCGAUUUUUAACGCUUGCUGCCAACAACAUUUCGAUAGCAGGGGAUACUGGAUUGGAGGCCAGAUUUCCUAUCCAGAGCAAGAGGCAUUGAAGCAGAAGUACGCUGAGACCAUGAACCAAAUCGCCAAGUUUUUGCAUCAACGCGGUUACUAUGGACCUGCUGGCGCAGAUAUUGUAACAGACGGCGACGGGAAGAAUUAUACAGUUGAUCUGAAUGUUCGCGUUACUGGGACGCACCCCCUAGGCCCGCUUGCCGGACACUUUACGCAGCGCGGGUUGAAAAACGCCACGAUGAUAACCGAAUACUUCACAUGCUCAAGAUCUGACUUUGAAAGGGCAUUCAAAGCUGAAAUAGCGGAUGGAGCGCUCAUUAUCUGCAGCUGGGUACGCGAAGAGGCCAUCGGGUUGAGCCAUGGUGGUGUUACAAUAGGAGGAGCGGAUAAUGAAAAGCUGGAGAGCUUAAUGGCAAGAGUUUUAGCUCUCUCAGGCAUCCCAAAAGCUGUACCUGAUGAUUCAUAUUAA